AUGUCCUUGGCUGAACUUAAGGGCCUGAUGGCAGAGACGGCCAAAGAGGCUGCUUGGGCUGCUCUGAAAGAAGAUCUAGAGAAACUCGCCUCUCAAUCUCAAGCUGCCUCAGCUCAACGAGCAGCCAGCGGCCAUUCCACUACAGUUUCUGGAGCUGCUGUUGUCUCCCCAUCUAGACUGGAGCUCGCACACCUGGAGACGUCGGCUUGCCGUUUCUUUGCGUCGGGCUUAGCUGAUUCUACCAGGAAAGCAUACGCGUCCGGUCAAGCACGGUAUCUAAAAUUCUGCGAUCGUUUUUCCUUCAUCCCUCUUUCCACAUCCGAGCACCGCCUAUGUUUGUUUGUCUCACACCUAGCCGAAGAAGGUCUCUCUCACAAAACUAUCAAAAGCUACCUGUCAGCAGUGCGCCACCUACAGAUCCAGGCGGGUUUGGGCGACCCAUUCACCGCUACUCUCCCACAACUAGCUUAUGUCUUGAAAGGAAUUCGACGUCAGCAGGGACCGCGUCUGAAGGUCGACAAGCGCUUGCCUAUUACACCGGCAGAAUUGAGAAUUUUGAAAGAUGUGUGGGCAAAAAGAUCACCAUUUUACGACGCAGCAAUGCUAUGGGCUGCAGUCUGCACGGGUUUCUUUGGUUUUAUGCGAGCGAGGGAGUUUACCGUGAGCUCCGUAGCAGCAUUCGACGCCUCUGUUCACCUGGCUCCACAAGACGUUAGCAUCGACUCACAUGUCACUCCGUCUGUGGUGCGCAUUCACCUAAAGCAAUCGAAAACAGACCCGUUCCGUCAAGGUGUAAACAUCUUUUUGGGUCGAUCGAAACAAGAAAUUUGCCCAGUGGCUGCUCUGCUGAGCUACAUGGCGCUCCGAGGCAACGCGCAAGGCCCCUUAUUUCUCUACGACGAUGGCACGUCACUCUCGCGCAAUAGGCUGGUCCGAGAAGUUCAACGGGCGCUCACAGAAGCCGGACGUGAAUGCACAGGCUUUACAGGCCACAGCUUCCGCAUUGGCGCAGCGACGACAGCGAAGGCAAGAGGGUUGGACGAUUCCACAAUCAAAGCCCUUGGAAGGUGCAAGAGUACAGCGUUUGAGUCGUACAUAAGAAUCCCUGGCAGCAGUUUAGCAGGAUUUUCGCAGUCACUCGUGUAAUUAACGGUCGGCGUGUGCACUACUAACCUAGUAAAUGGUUAACACAACUUUACAAUAAACGCAACUUAAGCGGCAGCUGUUUCGCCCGCAUCAGCCUCUUACGUACGGUGCUUGGAAAUGCCACACAUCGUCAGGUA